AUGGCAGUCCGAGGAGCCUUCCACCUUCUGCUCGUGUGCCUGAGCCCAGCACUGCUGUCUGCUGUGCGGAUCAACGGGGAUGGCCAGGAGAUCCUGUACCUGGCGGAAGGCGAUAACGUGAGGCUGGGCUGCCCCUACAUCCUGGACCCUGAGGACUAUGGUCCUAAUGGGCUGGACAUCGAGUGGAUGCAGGUCAAUUCAGACCCCUCACACCGGGAGAAUGUGUUCCUUAGUUACCAGGACAAGAGGAUCAAUCACGGCAACCUUCCCCACCUGCAGCAGAGGGUCCGCUUUGCAGCCUCAGACCCCAGCCAGUAUGACGCCUCCAUCAACCUCAUGAACCUGCAGGUGUCUGACACGGCCACCUAUGAGUGUCGGGUGAAGAAGACCACCAUGGCCAGCCGGAAGGUCAUCGUCACUGUCCAAGCACGGCCCGCGGUGCCCCUGUGCUGGUCUGAGGGCCACAUGACUCACGGCAACGACGUGGUGCUCAAGUGCUUUGCCAACGGAGGCACCCCGCCUCUCUCCUACAAGUGGGCCAAGAUCAGCGGGCACACCCACCCCUACCGCGCUGGCUCCUACCACUCGCAACACAGUUUCCACUCGGAGCUCUCUUACCAGGAAUCUUUCCACAGCUCCCUGAACCAAGGUCUGAACAACGGCGACCUGGUGCUGAAGGACAUCUCCCGCGAAGAUGAUGGGCUCUAUCAGUGCACCGUGGCCAACCACGUGGGCUACAGUGUGUGCGUGGUGGAGGUGAAGGUCUCAGACUCCCGGCGCAUAGGCAUGAUCAUAGGCGCAGUGCUGGGCUCUCUGCUCAUGCUGGGCUGUCUGCUGGUGGGCAUCUGGGGGCUCGUCUGCUGCUGCUGCGGGGGCGCCGGGGCCGGCGGCGCCCGCGGUGCCUUCGGCUACAGCAACGGCGGCGGGGUCAGCGGAGGGGCCUGCGGCGACUUGGCUAGUGAGAUCAGAGAGGACGCCGAGGCGCCCGGGUGCAAGGCCAGCGGGCGCGGCCGCAGCGUCACCCACCUGCUGGGGUACCCGACGCAGACCGUCAGCCGCUCCCUGCGCCGCAAGUACGCGCCCCCGCCCUGCGGCGGCCCCGAGGACGUGGCCCUGGCGCCCUGCGCCUCCGCCGCCGCCGCCGCCUGCGAAGCGGGCCCCUCCCCGGUCUACGUCAAGGUCAAGAGCGCGGAGCCCGCCGACUGCGCCGAGGGGCCGCGGGAGCGCACCGACGGCCUCCUGGUGUGA